AGCUUAUUUGUUCAACGUUAUUGUGUUAGUUAGAAAUGAAUAGUGCAGUUACUAUGGUCGUUUUAAUUUCUACAACCAUCCGCCGGAUCAUAGGUGAGCCCAUAAUGUGUUCUCCUGUGGAUUCUAUCGAUUCGGCAAUAGUUAACUUGCCAGCUGAAGGCGAAGGAAACUAUCGUGACCCAACGGAUAUAUUAGGUACCAAGUUUACAGCAGACAAUACCGUUCAUUUGUGCGAUACGCAGCUGUUCAUGUAUGCUGAAGAGCUUACAAAAGUCAAGUUUACAUCUCGCGGGACGAAGCUUUGUAACGACGUAUGCGUUCAAUACCGAAAAAACAUGGAGUUCCAUGGUGACAUUGAGAUUCAGUUGAUACAGAGUUACUGUAGUUACAUCGGUUCGGAAGAUAGCAAUGAAAAAAUUGGAUUGGAGAAGACUUGCGCAUGUCCGUACAAUGUUCGGUGCAAACAGCGAGCUGAAGUGAUAACAUACACUUUCCAGUCAAACUGCGCUGGGUUUUUACGAGUAGCAGUGUUUGAAAGCAAAUUUCACCGGUUUGUCACCUGAUCGCGUGA